CCAUUACGUGCUUGUGAUAGCGGAUAAUAAACUUGUUGAUGUUGAGUUGGCAGUUUGGCUCUAGCGUGGAUUACUUUUGCUUCCCUGUGUGGUUUCUUGUCGGAGCUGAAUUCACCUCCGCUGUGUAUAUUUGUAAUUGAAGUACGUGGACACGCAGUUGAAAGCCGCUAGUUGACGUUGUGCGUUUGUGCGGUCGCCACGCACUGGUGCUGCAGCAGUUCACCUCAGUCCUCAUUAGUCAGCCAGCUAAUACCUCCCGGGCGGCACUCAGAUCAACUUUGAGGAUUUUUACUAGUUUGAAUUUUUGUUUGAAUUUUUUUAUCAGGCGUGCUGGAGGGACGGAUGAGGCUGUUGUCAUGACACUGAGGAGAGUAAACGUGGUCAUCCUUGUGCUGCUGGUUGUGGCCUUCCUGAUCAUAGUUCAACGGAAUCUCCUCAACCUCAGUGACUUUUUACACAAGGAAAACCCAGAUGCGGGGAUGAUUCUUCCCUUUGAAUCCGAGUUGUCUCCAGACAUCAGACUGCAGGCGGUGAGGAAAGGAGAGGAGAUCCCUGUCCUCCUCACUGCUGUUGAGGAAAGACUUGGUGCUGUGGUUGCUGCCAUGAACAGCAUCUACCAGAACAGUAAAGCCAAUAUCGCCUUCACCAUAGUGACUCUGAAUGAGACGGUGGAUCACCUAAAAGCGUGGCUUAGUAAGACAAAGCUAAAAAAUGUCAAAUAUAAGAUAGUUAUUUUCAAGCCUGAGCUCCUCAAAGGGAAGAUACCGAAAGAUCCUCAGACCCUGGAGGCUGAAAAACCAUUGACUUUUGCCAGGUUUUAUCUACCUGUACUCGUACCAGAAGCAGAGAAAGCUAUCUAUUUGGAUGAUGAUAUCAUUGUACAAGGAGACAUUCAGGAGCUUUAUGAAACCGGCUUUAAACCAGGACACGCAGCGGCCUUUUCAGAUGACUGCGAUUCAGUAUCUGCUAAGGGGAUUGUUCGUGGAGCUGGGAAUCAGAAUAACUAUAUAGGUUUCCUGGACUUCAAGAAGGAGGCUAUCAAGAAACUGGGGAUGAGGGCCAACACGUGCUCCUUUAACCCCGGGGUCAUCAUCGCCAACCUGACUGAGUGGAGGAACCAGAACGUCACCCAGCAGCUGGAGCACUGGAUGGAACUUAACACACAGGAGGAUCUGUACAGUAAGACUCUGGCAGAGAGUGUCACCGCCCCCCCACUCCUCAUUGUUUUCUACAAACGCCACUCCACCAUCGACCCCAUGUGGCACGUCAGGCAUCUUGGCACUACAGGAGCUGGAAACCGCUAUUCCACACAGUUUGUGAAAGCUGCCAAACUCCUCCACUGGAAUGGGCACUAUAAGCCGUGGGGGAGAACAUCUUCCUUUUCUGAUGUGUGGGACAAGUGGUUCAUUCCAGACCCCACAGGAAAAUUUCAUCCUGUGCGAAGACACACAGGGGACUAGACCAAAAAGUUGGUUUCAGGAACUUUCGAUCAGCCAAGCCAGCCCCCGUCCCAACAGGACCAUGACUCGUGAUAUCUCAGGAACUAAGUAAGGCCUACUCCCUUGCCAGCCCCGUACUUGAGUUCUGUCAUCAUCCGAACUCUCACAUUCCCUUCAACACACAGAAUUAACCUUUUUUUCCUGAACCCACUGCAUCUUAUAACUGCUUGUAGCACACACAUAUUUAGCAUUUCUUUAGUCAGGGCCGUUGAGAUAGCUUUGACACGUUCAAGAUUGUCUGAAACUUUUGAAAGCUAAUUAUUUUAGACUGUUUUAUAGGUGUAUUGCAUCUGAAGGAUAUUACCUUAUUACCUAAUAGACAUGUAUGCAUCAGUUCCAGUCAGCAGUAUUGAGAUACCUUGUGACAAUGUGCCAAGGCAACCAUGUAGUUCAAACCAUUGUCGAAGUAAUGAUGACCUAAGUAGCUAUGUUUACAUGCAGCUUAAUACUAAUUUACUUUAUUUGCAUACUAAAGGAGUUUAUACUGUUACCUCAGCUUUGAUGGUGUAGCACAGUCAACACUAUAACUGGUUCAAACACGUUCUCAUGUCAUUACUCAUUUUAGCCAUGCAGACGCUGCAUGUCGUUACCUCAAUUCAAUACUUCCUGUGGAAAUGUAAUUAAUUUCUUUAUACUUAAUUGCACAUAGGUUUUAUUAAUCAGAUCCUUGUUUUGACAUCUUUUAACAAGCGCUAGUGCUUAGUUCACCAUCAGUCAGAAAGAAAAUGCAGUUUUAACUCCCUCUUCCUCUAUAAUUCAACUACUCUGAAUGGCAUUUCCACUAAUAUGAAUUGUUCAGUGCAUCCAGUUAAUUGCAGUCAAGUAAAUGGUGCGCUACCCUUUUUGAUUUGUCCCACUAAUAAUGAACUAUUCCAUAAACACUAAUUCAGUUCUCACUUUACAUGCAGACCACUACUCAAACAUUCACCUUUGCCAGAAAUUGGAGAACAUAAUGUUUGCACAAUUCUCAUGUUUUAUCCCUGUCAGGAUUUUUAUACAGGUCAACAAAAAGCAUUCACCUUGCUGGUGUAAAUAUUUGUCAUCUUUUGUAAAGUACGUGAAAU